AUGCUCAUUGAUAUUAGUGGUGAUAUUGAUGUUUAUGAGGUAUUCGCCUUGAAGAACAGCUUUGAACAUAAAACUUGCACACUCGGGGGAAUGUUGUCUGGUGAGCAAGAUGGAUUUCAUGUGAAUGUUUAUAGCUCUUGGAAGCCAAUCCCUAUCACAGCAAGAUGA